UCUGUUUGCCUUACUAAUAAAAUAUGCAUCUCACUAAAUUAAAUAUAUCCUGGAAUACGUUUAGUUUAAUUUUUACAAGCCUACAUCAUUACACUCGUUCCAAGGUUAUGCAAUUAAAAGCAAGAAACACUCCAAGCUCACUCUCUUUAUCUUGAUGUCAAGUUUCAGUACCAAGGKCUGUCUUGUUUCUUUAGACUUUGAAGAGCAAGUCAUUUCGAGUUUACCAAGCAAUGUAAUUCCAGUCUGGACCGUUAUCAGUGUGAUUAAUGGGCUAACAGCUCCAGUGAUAUUCUUCGUCAAUUGUUUCGUGAUUUGCGCAAUUUUUCAAGACGAACGCCUUCGUUCUACUAGUUAUAACAUCUUGAUUGCUGUCCUUGCAUUUACGGACGUACUGRUUGGUGUAGUUGUACAGCCAAUUUUUAUUUCAUUAUUGGCCUAUCUAUUGCUGGAUUAUUGGCCCUCAUGCCAUUUGACACUUGCUUUCAGUGUCUCAUCAUUGGUAUGCUGUGGAUGGUCUCUUGCUACCUUAACGGUUCUCUCAGUUGAGCGCUACUUGGCCAUCCAACAUCCUAUAUAUUAUUCCUCAAAUAUCACUUCAUCGAAGGUACUUAUUGCCAAUACAGUAGGCUGGAUUAUUAUGACUUUCACCCUCUUAAUUUUUCGAUUUAAGKCAGAUGAAUCUACCAGUGAAAUCUCUGUGGCAGUCAAUGUUUGCAUUUGCUGUAUAAUCAUCGUAUUCUCUGUUGGUAAGGUCUUUCGAACAGCAAGGCAGCAAAUGAAAGUCAUCUCUGCUCAAAACGCUGCGAAAGUAGAAAAAACAAAGAGACAGUUAAAGGAGUGCAAGCGCUAUUUCACUUUUCGGGUAAUUCUAUUCGCUACAGUGAUGUUGUACUGUCCUUCUAUAAUCGUUAAGGCUAUAACUUUAUCCCUCGGCAAAGAUAUUACAGCAGACUUUAGAUAUGCUGGUAAAUUUUGCUGGGUAACUUGUAUCUAUCUCCAGUCCUUUGUAAACCCACUAAUAGUAGCCUUUCGACUUUCCUACAUACGGAGAAAAUUUCUCAAAAAAUUUUAUUUUGUUAAUACUUUAGUGUUAGGCAAGUAACUGCUUUGAUGUUUCACAGGAUAACUGCUUUCGUUUGUGUUUUGGAUAGUUUAGCCUUGGAUCGCCAACAAAGGCGGUAAUCAGCACUUAAGUAAGACUAUCUCAUCAUUUACCCACGCGGAAGCGUACGCCGGRAAAGAAAUAGCUACCUGGAGACUCCAAC